AUGUCUCCUCUGACCACAUUUUUGACGGAUUCUCAACAGCAAACGCUCCACCAGCUAAUCGUCUCCGCUCGUGACGCUGGCGCCAGUGAAGACAUGGUGAAAGAUAGUAUGGAUGAAUAUUUAGCUCAGAUUCUGUCACCUGAUAGACUUCUGGAGCUUAAAAAAGCCCACGAUGAAUUCGAAGCCCAACGACGUGGCAAGCGAUCGGCGACGCCUUCUGAAAAGCAGGAACCCAAGAAAGUCUUUGAUAUAAUCGACCAAUUUACGAGUGAUUAUCAGAAGUUUUAUGAGGAGUCGUCGGCGGUCAGAAAUCGUAAUCAUUAA